UUCCUCUAUUGAAGAACAAGACAUGGUUUCACCUCUGACCCCCAUGUAGGCUAUCUACCGGGGACGUGGAGCAAACAAGUCAAGUUUACGUGGCAGCUAUGUAACGUUAUUUUAUACUUCCCUUUGCUUAGUUUUCAUUAGUUGGUCAUUAUAACGUUAGAAUAGCGUGCCGAAUCGAAGUGUUUUUGGUCGCAAGGUAACGUUAAUGCCUUGCUACAUAACGUUAGCUAUCUAUCCAACAAACAAACGUUAACGUUUGACGGACGGUCGCCAAAGGCUCCUCAAUAAGUUUCGUUGACUGUCAGCUUCUUAGCCUUAACGCUACAAUUUGGUCUUUAAUAUAGACCUGUUGGGUGAUGCCUUGGUAAAAUUAAGAUGUUUACUCAAAGUCAAAUUCAGUUUAGUAUCAGCUAGCCCUAGCUAAAUUGUUGACAGCCACCGAGUCUGUAAAUUAGAAAUACGCUAGAAUAACUUCCAGUUAACGUUACGUUGCCUUUCCUCACCAAUGGCACCUAUGGGUAUCCGGUUGUCCCCCCUUGGAGUGGCUGUGUUUUGCUUGUUAGGGCUUGGUGUGAUCUAUCACCUUUAUGCAGGAGUGAUCUCAAGCCGAAUAAAUUCCUUUAGACAGCAGAAAAAUGUGGAUUUACGCGACUUAUUAGCUCUUUCUAUCGAAGCUGCUGUCGAAGGUGGACGUGAAGUAAAAAAAAUCCGUGAGGACAACACUCUAGAGGAGAGAUCGAAGGGGAAAACUAAGGAGGGGGUCAGUGAAAAGCUGACGUUGGGAGAUUUGAAUUCUCACCGAAAGAUGUUUUACCUCUUUAAAAACACCUAUCCAUUUCUGCAGGUGAAUUCAGAGGAGCAUGACGAAGUAAAGGAAAACCCUGCCGUGUGGUCCCGUGAAAUUCCAGAAGAUGUCCUUCAGAAGGUCAAAGUAAGGGAGGUGGCUGCAGAUAGGAUCACUGUUUGGAUUGAUCCACUGGAUGCCACACAGGAGUACACAGAGAACCUCAAAAAGUAUGUAACAACAAUGGUCUGUGUAGCUGUGGAUGGCGAGCCUGUCAUUGGUGUUAUUCAUAAACCUUUUACGGGAUACACUGCUUGGGCUUUGGUUGGUGACGGUGCCAAUGUGGCCCCGCGUUCUGAGUACAGCAUCAGUGCGCCCAAGGUCAUCGUUUCCCGGUCCCAUGCAGGCAAAGUGAAGGGCAUCAUUGAGGAAGCAUUCGGAAAUAAUACGGUCAUCAUCCCAGCAGGGGGAGCAGGUUACAAGGUGCUUGCGCUUCUUGACCCUCCUGAUGAGGAUUAUGAAGAGGCAGAUAUCUACGUCCAUGUCACUUUUAUCAAGAAGUGGGACAUCUGUGCAGGCAAUGCAAUUCUAAAGGCACUAGGUGGUCACAUGACCACUCUGAAAGGAGUAGAGAUUGACUACUCGGGGUCUGAGAGAAAUGAUGGUGGAUUGCUUGCUAGUGUCAAAGUGGACCAUAAAACGCUCGUGGAGCGGCUAUCUAGCGUUGAGAAGGAGAAACACUAGAUAUUCUGAGCACACACAAGAUGGAUAAAAAUAUCUGAUAAACUGAUGAAGCAACCACCAAACACUCUUGAGCUAUACAUACAUAUUAGUCCUUUUGUAUAAUGAUAAUGUAACAUAGAGACUACCCCUACAUGAUCUACAUGUUCUAUAUUGAUUCUGUGAACUGCAAGGGUGAAAGAAAAUUAUUAAUGUUUUUGUCUUUGUUUGUCUGGAUGUUUGCUUUGUUUGUGAGUGCCUUUGGCAUACAAAGAUGGAAAGGGGUUCAACUGCAUUAGACUGGUACUUAUAUACACAUAUUGAAUUGGUUGUAGAAUCUUGAGAACUCUGAGAAGUGUUUGUUUCAGACUUUGAAUAACUGAAGAAAACAAAUAACCAGGCAUGCUCAGAGUAGGCUAGUCGCUAGCAUUUGAUAAUAUUUGACCCUGUUGCAUUUGGGUCUUAAAACAUGACAUACAAUUAUCUGGACAUCUAUACUCUGCCAAUGUUUGCUGUAGAUUAUUAGCUAUAUCCUGGAGGUAGUGUUUUAUGUUACAGCUCUGAAUAGAAAAAAAAAAAUGAUUUGAUUCAUUUGGCAAUACUCUUAACUCAGACUUCACAUCCAUAUCUUCAGAGGGUUUAACUUGUGGGUAUUUGUACCUAAUAUGAACAUGAUUGGGUGAGAGACAUUAAUAAGGCUACUUCCUUUAAAAUGUGUAGGGUGUUUACUUUCAUGAUAAAAUGUGCAGUUACAGAAUGCUUAUGUCUAUUGGUGGAUGGUGCCUAACUACUGCGUUAGACCCUUGUUUUUUCAAGCUGUCUGUAAUUUCUCUCCCUACCCAUCUGCGACUGGAUGACUUAUGCUGUAUGUAUGCUUUUUAGAUGUAGCACUCAAGUGAAGAAUAUGUCUGCCAAGUAAACACAAAUUGAAGGAUACCUGUGCACAUCAAAACUAUUGACGACGCUUUAGAUACACUUUUCUCAUUAGCCUAGCAGGUACAGUGCUUCUCUUGCUGUUUCAAUAGUGGCUUCAGCAGCUUUCAGGAGUUUCAGUAUUUGUAAAUUAUUUCAUGCAAUUAUAAUAUAAUAUGUUUAAUAUAUUUGAUCCAUUCUUACAACAAUACAAUUAAAGUCUGUUAUUUGAUCAUUCUGUUGAUGUAACGUAUAACCGUAUACAUAAUAGGUCAAUCUGAUGUCACGGCACCUUUGAACACAUAAACUCACUGUGAUGAUUAUGAUUUAAUAAUGUCAAGCUUUUUUUUUGGAGCAUUUUUGAACAUCUGUAUGUCUGCAUUGAAGCUGUGAAUAUAUAGCCAUAUGUAUGUCUUCUGUGUGUUGUGUGCAUGAAAUAUGAAUGACAAAUCCGAGGAUGUAGUGUUUUCAGUUUUUGAUUAAAAAAAAAUAUUUAAA